AUGUGUGGAAUAUUUGCUGUAUACAAUUACCAAGGUGAUGUCGAGGAUUUUCGACAACAUGCCUUGUAUUUGUCCAAAAAAAUAAGGCAUCGUGGGCCUGAUUGGUCUGGAUGUUAUACUACGGGCAACCAUAUCAUCGCCCAUGAACGCCUUGCCAUUGUUGGUGUUGACACGGGUGCUCAACCGAUUACCAAUGAUGACAAGACAUUGGUGCUUUGUGUUAAUGGAGAAAUCUAUAAUCAUAACCAGCUACGUAAAAACCUCAAGCGCAAGCAUCACUUCAAGACUCAUUCUGACUGCGAGAUUAUUAUGCAUAUGUACGAGGAAAUGGGUAUCGAUCUCGUGCAGCAUUUGGAUGGCAUCUUUUCUUUUGUAUUACUGGAUACCAAGCGAAAUCGUAUCAUUGCAGCUCGUGAUCCAAUUGGGGUAACAACCUUGUACUAUGGCUGGAAUUCGCGUAUGCCUGGCGCUGUCUACUUUGCAUCCGAACUCAAGGCCCUUAACGAGGAUUGCGACAAGAUCUUGACGUUUCCACCAGGGCAUGUCUAUGACUCGGAUAAGGGUAACGAACCAACUCGGUGGUUUAACCCAUCAUGGUGGGAUCCUGAGAGGAUACCACGCACCCCCAUUGAUUAUAAACAAUUGCGUCAAGCUUUGGAAGCCUCCGUGCGAAAGCGAUUGAUGGCUGAAGUUCCUUAUGGUGUGCUUUUAUCAGGAGGAUUGGAUUCAAGUUUAAUCGCAUCGAUCGCUGUACGUGAAGCACGUGCCCUUGCUGAGCAAAAUGGAAACAAGAAAAAAGGUGGUGGUGAUGAAGGCGACGAUGAUGAGGAUGGGUUAAGCACGCCAUGGUUGCCGCAUCAACUCCAUUCAUUCUCAAUUGGACUUCCAGGAUCUCCUGAUUUGGCAGCCGCACGUGAAGUGUCUGAACAUCUUGGAACGACGCAUCAUGAAUUUACAUUUACUAUUCAAGAAGCCUUGGAUGCCGUGUUUGACGUCAUUUACCAUCUCGAGACGUAUGAUGUGACCACCGUGCGUGCAUCCACACCCAUGUAUUUACUCGCACGUAAAAUCAAGGCCAUCGGCGUCAAGAUGGUGUUGAGCGGUGAAGGUGCUGAUGAAUGUUUUGGUGGAUACCUCUAUUUCCAUGCUGCACCCGAUGAUGCUGCCUUUCAUGCGGAAACCAUUUCACGCGUCAAGAAUUUGCAUUAUGCCGAUUGCUUACGUGCCAACAAGUCCACCAUGGCCUGGGGUUUAGAAGCACGUGUACCUUUCCUUGACAAGGAGUUGCUCGAACUUGUCAUGAACAUCGAUCCAAGUGACAAGCGUCCAACGAACCAAUACAUGGAAAAGUAUAUCUUACGCAAGGCAUUUGAUACAUCCGAUGAGCCUUAUACAACACCUUAUCUUCCAGACAGCAUCUUGUGGCGUCAAAAGGAGCAAUUCUCUGAUGGUGUUGGGUACAGCUGGAUCGAUACACUUAAGCAAAUUAGCAGUGACAAGAUCUCGGAUGAAGAAUUCAAUCAUGCGGCUGAGCGUUGGCCCAAAGACACUCCCACUACCAAGGAAGCAUACAUGUACAGAGCUAUGUUUGAAGAUUGGUUCCCACAAGAAGCAUGCACUGCUAGCGUUGUGCGUUGGGUUCCACGUGCUGAUUGGGGAUGUCCCGAAGAUCCAUCAGGUCGUGCUCAAAAAGCACAUGAAGCAGGCUAUGCUUGUGCUUAA